AUCAAAUCCUCACCAUCAUCUGACUCUUUUCUGUUUCUUCCUGGGUCACCAAACCCUUCUUCUCUUGUCAUAAAACCCAACCUCAUCUCUGCAAACCCAAAAUUAACACAACUUCAUUUUUCUCGAUCUUCAAUUUCUACCCAAAAAAAAUAAAAAAAAUGAGGGGUGCAAUUGCAAAACUUCAAUCUCCAGUAAAUUUGAAGUUGACAAUCUUCACUUUUCUCUGUUUUUUCUUUGUUUUUUUAAUCGUACAUUCAUCUUUCUCUUCUUCUUCUUCUCCUUCAUCAUCAGAUAGCAUAAUGUCGUAUGUGAAAACCCAGAAUUGCCCCUCAAAUUGCAACAAAAUCCCACCCUCUUUAUCCGACGCAAUUAUCCACUACGCGACGUCCAACAUAACUCCCCAACAGACGGCCAAAGAAAUCUCCGUCACCGACCGUAUCCUCCGCCGUAAAUCCCCGUCUAAUUUCCUCGUAUUCGGGCUGGGUUACGACAGCCCAAUGUGGGCCUCCUUAAACCACGGGGGUAGAACCGUCUUUUUAGAAGAGAAUCAAGGAUGGAUCACUCAAAUCAAGAAGGAAUUCCCCACCCUCGAAUCGUACCUAGCCACGUACGACACUAAAGUACGUCACGCGGAGGAGCUGAUGACGAAAGCUGCCACGAUGGAAGCAUGUUCGAGUGUGGUAGACCCCAGGGAAAGCAAAUGUGACUUGGCUUUAAAGAGUUUACCAAAGGAGAUAUACGAGGUAGAGUGGGAUUUAAUUAUGGUGGAUGCGCCCACAGGAUACCACGAUGAGGCUCCCGGUAGGAUGAGCGCGAUUUACACCGCUGGUUUGAUGGGGAGGAAUAGAGAGAAUGGUGAGACGGAUGUAUUUGUUCAUGAUGUAGAUCGGGUUGUAGAGGAUAAAUUCUCAAUGGAGUUUUUGUGUCAAGGUUACAUGGUAGAACAACAAGGGAGGUUAAGGCAUUUUACUAUUCCUAGUCAUAAGGCUCGCCUUGGUAGGCCUUUUUGCCCUCCGACUAAACCAACUUAAAUUUGGAUUAUAUUUUUCGAGAUUAAUAAUUAAGCUCUUAAUUCUCUUCCUACCUUAAUACAUUCUCAUGUUUUAACUAUGUUA